AGAGGGAGCGGGGCGAAUGACGUUUAAUAUCCGUUAAAGCAAGACUAUUAGAGUAUUUAAUUUAGUUAUUUAUAAUUUAGUCAAUGAUAACAUAUCUCUCAGUUCAAAUCUGCUAACAAUAAUGAAUUUAUUCUCUGCAUUUCUCUUGCAAUGAAAGUAUCAUUGUAUUUUUUUUCAACAUCAGAAGAGAGAAAACUUUAAACUUCGCCUGAUUUUACUCCAAAAAGUUAAGAAGCUUGUUAUUGUCUCUCAUUUUCUUUCAGCUUCUACCUUACUUUGAUCCAACCUCUCUCAAAGUCUAUACAAUUACAGACAGAAAGAAAAAAGUGGUCGUCAAAAAGAUGAGUUAUAGCGCUUGCAGGCAGAAGAACCUGAGCGUCAUGAGGCUUUUGCAGCCCGUUUUCUUCUUGGUGUUGCUCCAGCUGGGAUCAGCGGAAGCACGGAAAGGAUGGAGGGGCGGACGUGGGAGCAGCAGCCAGCCACGCCGGGCACAGCAGCCUCUUUCCAACCGGGACAGGGGAGACGCCGGGGUAGAGGAAAGUUUCUCUUUGGAUUUCACGCCCGUCGAAGGCAACAUGGAUAAUUUUAUGACCCAGGUAAAAAAUCUGGCACAGUCUCUUUAUCCCUGUUCUGCUCAAAAACUGGACGAUGACAUGAAGCUUCAUUUCUUGGAAAACACAUCAGUUACCUGUAAUGACGGGACGCCAGCUGGGUACUACAUGAAGGAAUCCAAAGGCAGCAAAAGGUGGCUGAUUUUCUUAGAAGGUGGUUGGUACUGCUUUAGCAAAGAGAAUUGUGACAGCCGGUAUGACACCAUGAAGAGGCUGAUGAGCUCAGCUGAAUGGUCCCACACGAAAACAGGAACAGGCAUUCUGUCCCCUCAACCAGAAGAAAACCCUCACUGGUGGAAUGCCAAUAUGGUGUUCAUCCCUUACUGUUCAAGUGAUGUUUGGAGUGGAGCCUCAUCCAAGUCGGAUAAAAGUGAUUAUGCUUUUAUGGGAGCUCUCAUCAUUAAGGAGGUGGUAAAAGAACUGCUGAUGAAGGGACUUGACAAUGCCAAGGUGGUUUUGCUGGCUGGCAGCAGUGCGGGUGGGACAGGAGUGUUGCUUAACGUGGACAGAGUAGCUGAGCAGCUUGACGAAAUGGGCCAUCAUGGGAUACAAGUUCGAGGCCUCUCUGACUCAGGCUGGUUUCUAGACAAUAAACAGUACCGGCGGACAGACUGCAUUGAUACUAUCAGCUGUGCUCCAACAGAGGCCAUCAAGAAAGGCAUAAAGUACUGGAAUGGUGUAGUACCUGAACGCUGUAAGCAGCUCUUCAAAGAUGGAGAAGAAUGGAAUUGCUUCUUUGGUUACAAAAUCUAUUCAACUUUAAAAAGUCCAGUAUUUGUUGUCCAGUGGUUGUUUGAUGAAGCUCAGUUGACUGUGGACAACAUUCACUUAACAGGACAACCAGUCCAGGAGGGCCAGUGGAUUUACAUUCAGAAUCUUGGUAGAGAGCUACGGAAUACACUCAAGGACGUCCCGGCAAUGUUUGCUCCAGCUUGUUUAUCGCAUGAAGUCAUCACCAGAAGUUACUGGAUGGACAUUCAAGUCAAAGGCACCUCUUUACCCCGAGCGCUACACUGCUGGGACCGUAGUCUUCAUGAAAAUAGUAAGAACAACAAGAACCCACCCAAGGGCUGCCCCGUUCACCUCAUUGACAGCUGUCCUUGGCCGCACUGCAACCCCACCUGUCCCACUAUACGGGACCAGUUUACAGGCCAGGAGAUGAACGUAAUCCAGUUCCUGAUGCACAUGGGCUUUGACGUGCAGAAGAUGGCCAGGCAACAAGGCAUGGAACCUAGCAAACUCCUUGGAAUGCUAAGUAGUGGCAGCUAAACACAAGUGUCAAACUAGAAUAAUGGGGCUCAUUUCAGGAAGAUAGAAAGGUGGGCUUAGCAAGACACCACUCAACUGUCCCUAGCCCCAUGGCAGGGCCAUAUUGCAGCCCCCCAUAGCUAAAAUUGAGUCAUCUCCUAAAGAUUUCAAGCUUUAUUCUGCACAUAACAAGCAAGCCACCAUUUCUGUUUUGCUUCAAAAAAGAAGAUCAUUACUUCAAGUGGAAUCCAGUUUAAGACACUGAUUAUAUACCUUUCUUGUAAGAAAAAUAGUUUUAACCACAAAUAUGUUAAUUAAAAAAGAUUUAAACUAAUUAUUAUAAUAGUAAUAUAAAAACAUGGGACUCCUGAAACAAGUUGACUGGUCAGAAAUUUGUUCUUCAGACCUCAAUUUUCAUUAAAAAAAAGACUCAAAACCAUGGUGGGAAAAGCACUGGAUUGUCCGUCCAAUCGCAGCUGAAGGAAGGACUGGAUUUUUCGCAGGGUUCUGGCUCUUUUCAAAGUGGACACCAAUGUAGACACAGUGGACUUUAAUUUUCUUUAAAAAAAAUGUACUCGAUACAAUUUUUUAUGAAAUGACUUCAUAAAAAGCAGGAAAAGUUAUUACUAAUUCUAUUUUAUUUGGUAACAUAUUUUUUUAACAGAAAACUCAAGCUAGUUUGGCUGUAUUACAAAUAUUUAUUUUAUUAUGUAAAUCAUAUUUAUAAGUGCUAUUAAGGCUCAGAAGUGAUUCUUUGUAAAUUGUAAAUACUUGUGUUUUAUUUUUUUUUUCUGUUUUUCAGUUUUGUUUUUUGAUCGCAUGUCCCUGUAACACAACAAAAGAAAGGAAAUGCUAUCUCUAUGGCAACCAGAAA